AUUUUUUUGUGGCAUUUUCUGUUGGCAUUUUUAUUAUUAUUUUUUAAAUAAAUCAUCUGUAUGAUGAACUGUAUCCUAAACCAAGACAGAUGUGUGAACAUAUGCAGGUGAUCAGUAUUGAUGUGACUCCUUACUGUAAGUAACAAACAUAAACUGAACUUGAUUUAUACAGGGAUCUUGUGAAGGUAUGGAAAAGUCUACAAAAUGUGUGGAAAUUGAUACAUAUACAUGGUUGGUACAAAAAAAGUAGCUAUUUAGUAGUAGACACAUUAUUAGGAUACAAAGUCAGUUGUCUCUAGACAUUUUUGUUCACUACACUUAUGCAGACUUUCUUCUACAUAUCAAAUAUGUUUUUCAUUUUCCUGGUCCAUGUUCUCAAAUGUAUACAAUACAACAAUCUGGAAGAAGUCUUGGAAAGUGGCAGAAAAUCUAAAACGGUAAAAAUAACACUGCAAGGCUACAGUAUAUGCUGAAUGUCUGCAUAAUUUUAUAUAUUUAGCAGGCAGUACAAAUGGUAGUUGACAGGAAGUAUAUUAAUUGCUUCAUAGCAUGUUCUCAAAUGUAAACCGAAGGAGUGAUAUAGAAACGAUUUUACAUGAAUAACAGUGAAAAAAACUGUGUGUGUGUAUAUAUAUAUAUAUGUGUGUGUGUGUGUGAAACAACACACGUAUGUAUGUAUGUAUGUAUGUAUGUAUAUAGAGUGUGCUAGCAUGAAUACUUCGCAUGUGCUUAGUAAUAUUGUAAAUAAUCCUAAUAAGGCCUUGAACACCACAUUGGCCUCAUAAAUCUAAUAGACUAUUCAUGAUAUCCUGGAUAAUUACUGUGAACAUCUCAUUGACUCAGGGUGCAGUUAUUUUUAUGUGCAGCUUAUCUCCCAAGGGACCUUCAGUAACAAAGUGCUGUUAGACGAUUCAUGAUUGGCUCUUGACUGCUUGUGCUAAAUUUGAACCCGAGGGUCCUUUGAAAGUUGGGAUCAAUUUCAGUGGCAGGCCUUCAUGAUGACUCGACUAUAUAAAUAGGGAGCCUAUAAAAAGUGCUUGUAGGCAUUAUGCAAUGGAAAGGGUGAAAAUUGGUUUGAAAAUAGCAAUUCUAUGCAAAAUGUUAGAUAUAUAUGUAAAUGCAAAGGUUUUAUAUUCUCCCCUUGAUAUGAAGUGUGCUCACACACGAAGCUGAGUUUUAAGGAUAAGUUUGGUGUACGACUGGAGGAAACACAUCUGUCUGAGCUCUUCUGUCAUUUCAUUCAAGUUCUUAACACAUGAUAAAGGUGUGUGAAGGAAGCCUCACCUCCAAAAUGCAAAAGUAAUAUUCUUAAUUUGCAUUGUCCAUAGUUAUCUGAAUAGGAAUCUAAAUUUCAGUAACAUUUCUAUGUUGCCUAUAUCUUAAAUAUUACUUGGGAAGCAAAAUGGAUAUGGAAACAAGAAGUAUAAUGACUACAUCCACCAUACAAAAGUCACAUAUUAUCUCAUCGUAUUUGUUUUCCCACUAAACAAUGGGAAAAUGAUGUCUGAUAAAUGAUAAGCGAUUAUGUAUCCUUUACUGCAGUGGUGAAUUAGUCAUUUAAAAAAUACUAUAUAGUUAUGCAUCAAAAUUAAUCUCAAAGUGUGAGCCUAAGGGAUUCCAAAUAACAGCUGCAACAUGGGAUAUUUGAGUAAGUCUUAUUUUCAAGGUAUCUGUUUCAUCAGUGAAUAAUUCAAUAUGUAGCAUAAAGCAUACCAUAGGUAAGGUACUGAAUGGGUUAAUGUAUAUGAAAUUUUGAAAUGAAUAACAAAAUCAAGCCUACAAGAAAGGAACAUGAUAUAAAGCGUCUAAAUAAUCUAAGUGUAGCGUCAAGCUAUUAAUAAAUGCGGAAAUUAAAGUUAUUGUUUGUAUUAUAUAUUUUUGCUCUUUGAUAUGAUAAAGGAUUCAAAAGGUUUUAAUGAAUUUGAUAAACGCUGUAGUUGAGGAUUGAUGUAUAGCUCAGUGUAACCUGAGUCUGAUGGCCUGGUGUUCAGCUUUUCAACACCAAGGUCAUUCUCUUGGCCAAACGUUGAAUGAGAUGAGCGCUGCUAAAGAGUCAUUAGUUUCAUGAUCCUCAUUGCUCCAGGUGAAGGUAAGUGAACAUCAGUGUUGUCUUUUACAUUGGAUUGUGAAUCAAAUGAAAAUUAAAUAGAUGAAAAAGAAUAUAAUCUGUUUUGGUAAAUAUUACCAAAGGCUUUUUGGCAAGAACACCAAAUUGUCAAAUUUUCUAUAUUAUUUUGUAUAAAAUUGUGCCUCAUUGUCAGGUUCUUGUUUUCCUCACUGCAGGCUUACAGACUGUGUUGUGUCACUAUAUGAUGCUAUGACGAUGUCAACUAGAAGCUUAGAAGAAAGUUGCAGCAUUCUAGAUAAUGAAAGUCUACCAGAUCUAAAACCAUGUCAAAAGGACACCUUUCAAUCCCAACAGGAUUUGGAGGAUAUAUACAGUAUAAGCUCAGGAAGUCCAUGUCCAAUCAAGGAUAAAAAACAGGCUGAAGUGCUCUCAAACCAAUCUUUGGACAAACCAGGAAUCCUGGCACAUCUAACUCAUACAUCAGCUUUGGAGUCAAUAAGAGAACUAGUAGAAAUAGAAGAGAGGAGUGAAGGUCGAAGUCCAGGCGAUGGAGCAGUUCGAGUUAAAGAUGUGUGCAGAGAGACAUGCCCAUCCACAGCUAUAAGAUCCAUGGCAUUGCCCUCAGAAGGAUGUGGUGAUACAUUAGAAAGAAUUGCUUUGAGACAAGAUUCGAACACACAACUUGAUUUGGUGGACGCUUCCAGCUCCAUAGAUGAUGUCCUGGUUGAAUCCUGUAAUGCAGAAGAUAUCUCAUACAUUGCUUUGAUUCCUGGACACCAGGAGUUAUUCAGGGAUUAUUCUUCUGCAUCUAAUAAUAAGAAGGAGGUAGCAGGACACCAGUUAACCCCAUCCCACACCAGUUCUGGCAUUUUAGAGGUUCAGCUGAAUGAUCAGUUCAAUAUCACCCCACUGCAAGACCCUCAAGAGGAGUCCAUUUGUCCUCAAAAUGCUGAAAAGUUUAAUACUGUCAGAAACGAGUCACAGGCGGAGGAGAAUAAUCUCAACUUGGAGGGGGUUGAUCGUGAUAUCUGUGAAAAGGAAGGCAGUGUGUCUAAUCAGACCCUUAUCGAGGUUCUUACAGCAUGUGAAGCCAGAGUGGAGCAGCUUGAGGAGCUCAAAUCAUCUUCAAUAGAGAUGUCUGCCCAGUUGCAGUCUGCCAGGCUUCUGGUUGCCAGGCUGCAUGAAAAAGUGCUCAACUUGGAACAGGAAUGUCAUCUUAAAGACAAGGAGCUCCAUGACCUAACAGUCAACCUUGAGAAGACGAGUGAAGCUCUCCAAACAAGAAACUCAGAAAUGGCUGCUAUCACUGAGGAGCUCCGCCGAAUACACCUUGACCUGGAAGCGCAGAAGAAAACAGCUGCAGCUGGAAGGACAGUCAAUGCCAACGGGCAGCUUACUUCAAAUGCACACCAGCGAAAUAGCAGCUCCAAAGUGUGCACGUUAUUUUAAGAACAAAAAUAAACUUGUCUUGUAGUAAGUAAACUUAUUUUGUAUCCAGUGAACAAAAUGAUGGUUCCUAGUCCCAGAAGGGUCCAUGUAUGUGAUUUAUAUUUCUUUUUUUGAAUUUGUACAAAAUAAGGAUCUUUUCAUAGACCGUUUCUAAUUUCAGACUAAUUUUAAUGAAUAAAAAUGACAGAAAUGUUGUCUAACUAUCUUCCCUAAUUCGAUAUAGGGACAGUACCGAUAUAUAUUUAGAAAUUAAGAAUCAUUUAGAAAUUUAGAGUAUGGAAAAAUCACAUCAGUCUCAGUUAGUGAUUUGUUUCAAGUCCAAUGUACUUAAACAAAAACAAAGAUGUUCCAAACUUUGUCAGAUUGGAUGUAGAUUGGAUCAGAUUUGAUGUAACAUCAUUUUCCUUUAUGUACUGUAACAGUAAAAUAUUGAUCUAUUUUAUUAUUUACUUGCAUAUCAGUUAAUCAUACUCAUUUAGGAAUUCAUGUACAAAGGCUUGGAUUUGUUGUGUUAUUGCUGUAUAAAUUCAGAUAUUUUAAAAUA